CUCCCUCCGCUCUGGGAGUGUUUCGCAUUUAAACAAACACGGUCCUGCCGAAGAUGGCGGAGAGUUUGUAGAGGCGUAAAAGAAACUGCCCUACUCAAUGAAAGCGUCGAAGCCGGAGAUGUUGAGACAUUGAAGUGACACUAGACCCUGAAUGGAGCUUGACUGGGACUUGUACUGGUCAAGGUGCUGAUAUGCGCUGAAGAUGAGUGGCGUAGGAGACAACUCGUUGGAGCCACUGUGCUCCGACCGCAAACGUAAACUGUCCACCUGUGACACACCAGGCUUAGGGUGUGACAAGCGUCGGAGGGAACAGGAGAGCAAGUACAUCGAGGAGCUGGCUGAGCUCAUCUCUGCCAACCUCUCCAACAUUGACAGCUUCAACGUCAAGCCUGACAAAUGUGCCAUCCUCAAGGAGACUGUGAGACAGAUCAGACAAAUCAAAGAGCAAGGAAAGAGCUCUUGCAGUGAUGACGAUGUCCAGAAGGCGGAUGUGUCUUCCACUGGUCAAGGGGUCAUUGACAAGGACCAUCUGGGACCGCUGCUCCUACAGGCCUUGGAUGGCUUCCUGUUUGUGGUCAACCGAGAGGGCAACAUCGUAUUUGUGUCAGACAACGUGACGCAGUACCUGCAGUACAAGCAGGAGGAGCUGAUCAACACCAGUGUGUACAAUAUCAUCCAUGACGAGGACAAGGAGGAGUUUCACAAGAAUCUCCCCAAGUCUAAUGCACCAAAUGGGGCAUCGUGGGGUGGAGAGGCACCCCGGCAAAAGAGCCACACCUUCAACUGUCGCAUGCUGGUGAACUUUGUUCAUGGUCAGAGUCAUGGGUUGCCGGAAGAGCGGCCUGGGGGCCAGCGCUAUGAGACCAUGCAGUGUUUUGCCCUCACUCAGCCCCGGGCCAUGAUGGAGGAGGGAGAAGAUUUGCAGUCAUGUAUGAUCUGUGUGGCACGACGCAUCAUUGCGGUGGAGAGGACAGAGAGAUUUAGCACACGCCAUGAACUGUCUGGUAAAAUGAUUGAAAUUGAACAGAACACCUCUCUUCACACCACGAUGCGUCCAGGCUGGGAGGAUCUGGUGAGGCGCUGCAUGCAAAUGUUCCUCAAUCGAAGUGAGGGACAACCGUGGUCCUACAAACGGCACUAUCAAGAUGCUUUCCAUAAUGGCCAUGCGGAGACCCCACUCUACCGCUUCUCGCUCUCUGAUGGCACCCCAGUCACAGCCCAGACCAGGAGUGACCUCUGCAGGAAUCCCACCACCAAUGAACCGCACUCUUUCCUCUCCACACACUUGCUACAAAGGGAGCCGAAUGGUUAUCGUGGAAACCAGGGAGGAGGAAUGAGGCCUCAAAACAUGGGUGUGAACAACCCCAACCAGCAGAUGAACAUGGGCCCAGGAGGGGGCAUUGGCAUGAACAGGGGCUACAGCAUGGCUGAACAAGGCAACAUGCAACAAAGAGGAGUGCCUCCAUACACUGGGGGCAACCGCAUGAACCCCAUGAACCAGAUGAAUCAAAUGAAUCCCAUGAACCAGAUGAAUCCCAUGCAUCAGAUGAAUCAAAUGAAUUCCAUGCAUCAGAUGAACAACAUGGGUCAAAUGACUCAGAUGAAUCAAAUGAAUUCCAUGCACCAAAUGAACUCCCCCAUGAACUCCAUGAACCAAAUGGGGCCCAUGAAUCAGAUGGGCCACCAUGGCAUGCAUCAGCAGCAGCACCAGCAUCAGCAGAUGGGUCAGUUCCAUGGAGGCGGACCUGGAAGUGGAGGGUACGGGAUGGGAAUGACCAGUCCCCCCCAGGCCAGUCCAGGGAUUAACGGCCCCCCACACAACGUCAUGGGUUCACCCAGAGUCCGAGGAAGCCCCAAGAUGGGUGCCAGCCCCUUCUCUCCCGGAGGUAUGAACUCUCCCAUGGGCUCCAGUCACCCUGGUAACUCUGGAGGCGGAGGAGGAGGAGGGACCACAUUCUCCAGCAGCUCCCUGAAUGCCCUCCAAGCCAUUAGUGAGGGAGUAGGCAAUCCUAUGCCCUCACCCCUCACCUCUCCUCCCCCUCACAAGCCUGACAGCUCCCCGAGCAUCAACUCCACCAACCAAGCACCAGGGGGACCCUGUAAACCAAACCUCCCAGCCUACUCCGACUCCAAGAGCCCAGGCAGCUCACUGGGUGCCGGAGCAGAGCAGCAGUCUCAACCGCACCCACACACGCCCACCAGCGAGGGCCUACCUGACAAGCCAGACAGCCAGGCCAGCAGAGAGACGGGUCCGGCAGGGGGAGAACCCAACCGACGAGUCCCUGACACCAAGUGCCACAAGAAGCUUCUGCAGCUCCUCACCUCCCCUACAGAUGAGCUGGUGCCACCUAAUCACACACCGAGCUCCGGGCCCAGCUCUACACCGGAGGCUAAGGACGGAACAGCCGGUGUCACUAGCCCCUCCUCAUCAACAGGAGUGUCCUCCUCUACAGGCGGGAAUCACAGCACCGUAUCCUCCUCUGGCAGCACAGGACAUUUGACAAGUCAGUCAUUGCAGGCGAAGCACAAGAUCCUCCACAAGCUUCUGCAGAAUGGAAACACUCCGGACGAGGUGGCUCGUAUCACAGCCGAGGCCACUGGGAAGAGCAGCCUGGAUUCAGAGACAUCGGAGCCCGCAGCCACUGGAGGGGUUAGGGGAUCUGAAUCAAAGCAGGAGCAGCACAGCCCUAAGAAGGAGAAGCCCCACGCCCUCCUGCACUACCUCCUCAAUAAGGAUGACUCUAAAGAAGGUGGAGACAUCAAGCCAAAGCUGGAGGAGCUGGAGGGGAGAGGAGCUCAGGGUGCAGGGGUCACCAGCUCAGACCCCCACUGCAUGGAUGGCAAAGUCAAGAUAGAGCCAUCUGAUGAGGCGGAGACCCUGGAGACCAUUCUGGGUGUCCCGAGGAACAACUCUGGCUUCUACCCUGAGCCAGACUCCAGAGCGGGGAAGGAAGUAGGAAACAAACAGGGAAAUAUGCCUGAAAGUUUACAUGAUGGGGAUAGAGGCCCAAUGCCUCCAGCUCAGCGUAGUGCCUAUCAAAGAGCCUUGUCCAUGGAUGCCAAGCCCAUGGGUGGAGAGGUAGCAGUAGGUGGUGGGCUCGCCGGUAGACGGAACGUCCCCUGUCCCACGUUGGUCAAACAGGAGAAGAUGGAUGCGCCAAUCCGGCCUGGACCCAUCCCGAAUGGCUUUCCAGGGGGCAUGGGUGUGUGUUCACCACGGGGCAAUCCAACAAGAGGUAUGGGCAGAGGAAUGCCGCAGCGACCUCCCAUGUCAGCACCAGGGGACUGGGGGAUGCCGAGGUCCGGUGGUAGCCCUGUGGCCGGACCAGGACACCCAGGCAUGGGUCGUUCUGGUCCAAUGGGAGGACCCAUGAUUAACCGCUCCAACAGUGUACCUGGAAAGACCAGGUCUAUGCUGCAGCAGCAACUCAUGGAUAUGGGUAACAAUGAAGCCAGUAUGGGUAUGAGCCCGUUUGGUGGACAUGGACCCCCACCUCAGUCCCCCUCCUGGCCAGACGCUCCCAUGGGAAUGGACAGGCCGCAGAGUAACAAAAACAGGGACCAGUUUGGGAACCCCCUGGAGGAGCUGCUGGGGCCCCUGGUCAACAGUGAGGGCCCAAGUGAUGAACGGGCACUUCUUGACCAGCUGGACUCUCUGCUCAAUACCACUGAUGUCAUUGCUCUGCAGGAGAUAGACCGAGCCCUUGGCAUCCCUGAAAUAGUAGGACAGACCCAUGGACCUGAAGGCAACCAACAGGGCCCAGAGCGAGGCCAGGGUCAGCGCCCGCCUUCGGAGUCUUUCCCAGGGCCAGACUCCUCCUUAGGCAUGGACCAAAAACCCAUGUAUAACCAAGGUUACCCGGGGCCCCCGGGGCCCUCCUCUAUGGGCAUGCAGCCUGGUUAUGGUGGCAACACGAUGCAGGGCCAGUCUCCUGGAGGCUUCAACCCCAUGAUGAAUCAAGUGGGUCAGACAGGGGGCUUUCCUGGCAUGGCGGGCAUGGCUGGUAUGGGCACCCCCCGUGCAAACAUGAUGCGACCUCGCAUGAUGACUGCCACCAAACCUCUGCGACUGCAGCUGCAGCAGAGACUGCAAGGACAGCAGUUUAUGAACCAGACCCGACAAGGCAUUAAGAUGGAACAUGCCCCCGGAGGAAACCCUGCAAUGCAUUCAGGCAUGCAACCUGGUAUGCAGCCUGGCAUGCAGCCUGGCAUGCAACCAGGCAUGCAGCCUGCAGGCAUGGGUGGUCAGCCUGGUUUCCUGAAUGCCCAGAUGAUGGCUCAGCGCAGCAGGGAGAUGAUGACCAUGCAGAUGAGGAGGCAGCGGAUGAUGAUGCUGAUGCAGCAGCAACAGCAGCAGGGACAGGGACAGGCAGCAGCAAGAGGCUUCAGCCCUCCUCCAAAUGUCACCGCACCAGGAGGCAUGGACAGUCCCAUGGGAGGCCCCCCUAUGAACCAGCCUGGGCAGCAGGGCUUCAACUAUGGAGGUAACUAUGGGAUGAACCAGCAGGGGGACCCAUCAUUCAUGGCUCCAGGCAGCAGCCCACCAGCAAACAUGAUGCAGGGACGAAUGGGAGGUCCUCCUCAGAACACCAUGAUGCAGGGGAUGCAAGGCAAUCCACAGGGAGGGCCCAUGUACCCAUCUGGGGACAUGAAAGGCUGGCCACAGGGCGGCAUGCCACGCAACAACACAUACCCCCAGCAACAGUUCCCCCAGCAGGGCAACCAGGGCCAGUUUGGACCCAUGAUGAUGAACAGCUCCAUGGGUGGACCCGGGCCUGUCAGCGGGGCUGGUGCAGGACAGAUGGGCCAAAUGCCAGGACAGAGGCAGGGCCAGAUGCAGGGCCAGAUGCAGGGCCAAAUAGGCAUGAACCCUAUGGGAAUGGGCAGAAUGCCAAUGGGACCUGAUCAGAAGUAUUGCUGAAGACUCGCAGCUGACAGCAGAAUCUGGAGCCUUUCAGCUGUGGCAGAGUGGUCCAAGCCCCGAGAAAAGCUGGACCUACACACACAAAGACACACACAUAGGAGUUCUCCAGCAUAAAAGGUGACGCAGGAGACUCAGCACAACACACUGCUCGUCCUGGAGGAAGUGAACGACAAAGACAGACUCACAUACUGUAACUCUGUCAAGGUGACUGACAAACAAAACAUCCCUGUAUAUUGGGUGAGCGCAUGUUUGUGUUUGUUGACGGGCGUUACCUGGGGGCUGUCGGGCAGCAUUCAGCGUCACAGCCAGGCUGCAGAACGGGACUAUGGUACAACUAGCUGUGGCUGCACUUUACCUGGAGGCUUCUGUGUGGAACAAAGAUCGAUGCAAUAUUUCUUCAUCAUUACAGCCUUACUAGAGAUUCAAUGCCUUCACAACAAUGGGUUUCUUUAUUUGUUUCUUUCUUUCUUAUCCUUUGGAUGCUCCUCAUUCUUGAAGUCAUCGGAAGCUAUAAGCACAGUUUACUAUGUUAUGCAGAUUGGAGCAAUAACUCUUGCCUCUAUGCUUUAGACUGUAACUGAGCAUCGUAACACCUGUUAUAAGCAAACAAAUGGUACUGCAGUAUUAGAUGUCUCAAAUGUCCUCUGUGAAUAUGAAUUGUAAAUAUUCUACAAAAUAUAUCAAAUGUGCUUUUUAAAGGCCCAUUAUUGCACAAAGUAUGAGACCUGGUUGUAUUUUUGUGUCCCAUAGGUCAAAACUGAUUUGGUUGAUUUGCUUUCUUUUUUUAAUGCCCUUGCAAAUAUUGCAGGUGUGUUUGGGGUUUCCUUCCCUCGUUUGUCAUUUUCCGAAUGCUGUAUUUUUUAAAUUUUCCGAUAAGUCAUGUAUUUCAUGUUUUAGCGAGGCACUUUUACUUGUGACAAGUAUCUGAUGAGUUGAAGGUUUGAGCUUUCACGCUGUCAGAGGUUUUAUCGGAAGGUGGCAGAAGUGAAUUCUGUCGGGAUAGUCGAUGACAUGAAAUAUGAUUUUGUUGGGUUCUGCAUGAGGUGAGCUGUAUGGAACUCCUCAGCGCACCAACACGCCUGGUCCUUGCAGUGUUCUCCCACCAGCUCUGUCUGUGUCUGUGUGUAUUUUUUUAUUUACACCAUCUUCUUUUGACUGUUAUACUCAACUCGCUGAAUCUACCUUCUCAACAUGCGCAAUCCAAAGAUAUUUUUCCACAUCUCUGUAUAGUUUCUGAGCUUUCUGGUGUACAUUUUUUAUGAUAUGUGUUAUAUUAGUCUGAUGGUAAAUGGGUACAUAUCAUGGAUCUGUAAAAGCAUUUGAUGGUUUUGUACUGUAAGCAUAAGGAGCACGGGGCGAAGUUGUUCCACAGUGGGAGGCUAUCAGUGCAGCACGGAGAGGACUGGAAACUCCAAACCCCACAGCAGAACGUUUCGACAUCCAGAGAAAACAAAGCAUGUUUUUGUUGUGAACGAGAAAUACCAAUGGAAUGAAAUCCACCUCAAGACAUAUCAAUAUCUCUUCUAUCUUUCAGGAAAACAACUUCAUUUUGUGUCCAGAUUUUGUUACUUCAGGAAACAGGAACUUUGUAGAGUUUGAAUGAAGUGCAAAAAGAGGCAAGAGAUCGUUUGGUUUGUUUUUGUGUUUUUUUUGUUUGGAGGUAAGAUAAGCUGUCAUUUUACAGGAUGUAUAUUACAGAUUUUUUUCUGUUGAUGUUGAUAUUGAUGUAAAUACAAAUUUCUAUUUAAACACUC